AUGUAAAACAUCGAUCCAGAAUCUUCUAUUGAUAAUUCGAUUUCAAGAGAUCCAGAAUAACCAAAUUAUGGUUUGAAGAGAAAGAAUACAAAAAAAUCAUCAAGACAAAUACACAAAAUACCAAUAAGAACCUAAUAAUUAUUAUUCGUCUAAGUUUUUUAGGAAGGUAAAUAAAUCAAAUAAGUAAAAGUAAUAAAAUAUCACAUCAGGUUGCUGAUGAUUUAAAACUCAACUAUUCUAGUGCUAAAUCCUUAAUACAUUAUUAUAAAUACAAUAAAAGACCUGUUCCUUUCUAAGUGGCAGAUGUACUAAAUGGAAAAAAACCAUGCCUCUACAAAAGUAUGCAAAAUUACUAGAAUGAACAUAAUAAUCUAAAAAUAGAAGUUUGGCUUAAACACUCAUUUAUUUAAGCCUAUAACUUUUUUGAAAGAAUCAAAACACAAGAAUAACUUUAUACAAGUAAAUGUCUUUAAUGA